AAAAAUGAUUUCCAUUUCAAAGAACAAAUGAAUGUUCGAGAAGAAUAAUCGGUUGAAAGAAAAAGUUGUAUAAGAUCCGGUAGUAACCUUGUUUCAGUAAAAUAACAUUGAAACAAAAACCAUUCAACGAUAUUAGUUCGUUUUUCUUAAUUACCAGUUGUUCUAUAUAAGGACAUUCACGGAUUUCAAGAUAGUCAAUUUUCUCUUUAUCUUUAGAGACUGGCAAAUAAGAUAUAUAAGUUAUUAGACUUUUGAUAUAUGCAUAAAUUUAAAUGAUGGCUCUCCAAAUUGGAAAUGAUUUGGACCAAAUUUUGAAAGACAAAUUUACUACUGAAUUUCGCAAAGAAUAUACCACCGUACAAGGUGUUUGUUUGCCAAAAAAAUAUGAGGAUUUCGCACAAAUAAUUGAAAAUUUCGAAAUAAGAGAUGAUGAUGUUUGGAUUUGUUCUUUUCCUAAAACUGGAACAACAUGGACACAAGAAAUGAUUUGGUGUAUAGCAAAUGACCUGGAUUUUGAAAGAGCAAAAGUUCGCUUGUCCGAAAGAUUUCCUUUUUUAGAGUACUCCAUACUUUUCGAUUACACCACUAUUAUACGACGUCAUCCGGAAAUUGAGCCCUCUCCGUUAAUCUUGGAUAGUGUGGCGUAUAUAAAAAAUUUACCUUCUCCAAGAUUUAUCAAAACUCAUUUUCCUUUUCCCUUACUUCCACGUCAACUUCGAACGGGCGAGAAAAAGGCGAAAAUUAUUUAUAUUAGCAGGAAUCCAAAAGAUACUUGUGUUUCUUUUUAUUACCACACUAGAUUAAUGGAGGGGUAUCGUGGUGAUUUUCACGAUUUCUGUCGCCUUUUUUUAGGAAAUAAACUGAGCUUUGCUCCAUAUUGGGAUCACAUACUUGAUUUCUGGAAGAGGAGAAUCGAUCCAAAUAUUUUAUUUUUGAAAUACGAAGAGAUGAAAUCUGAUCUGCCUACGGUGAUAAAAAAAAUGGCUGCGUUUCUUGAUAAAAUUUUAACUAAUGAUCAAGUAGGAGCGUUGGCGCAACAUUUGAGUUUCAACAGUAUGAAAUCAAAUCCUGCAGUGAAUUAUGAGGAACAUAUAAUAUUGAAUAAACAGAUGAAAUUGAUCAAUGUCGAUGGUGAAUUUAUUCGAAAUGGUAAAGUUGAUCAGUGGAAAGAAGAAAUGCCCGAUAGCGUGAUCGAGAAAUUCGAUAAAUUGACGAAAGAAAAAUUUUCCACGCAAAAUCUUUUCUUUUGAACGAUAUUGUACAAUAAAUUUCCACCGACAUCCUUGGAAACUUGAUAUAAUUAUCAUGAUGUAAUAAAAUUAAAUAAAAA